AAGCUUAUUUGAGUUUUGAUCCCCACUCAAAAAUGUUUUCUGGCUACGCCACUGCAACCGGCAGCUGUUAUUGAUUAGAGGAGCGAUAAAAAUCCAGCCAACUCAAUAACUGGCAAUAGGACAAGCUCGAGGUGCUUUAAAGUUAUCUAACAUCAAUCAAUCGCUUGAAAUCAUCUGAAGGGCCUGUGCGUAGCGGGCAAAGACAUCCCAAUUACCUAGAACAUGGCCAAGCUGGACGAACGGAUCGGCUUCAUCGGGGGCGGAAACAUGGCCUUUGCCAUUGGAUCCGGAUUGGUGCGCUGCGGGAUCGUGAAGGCCAGCCAGGUGCUAGUCUCCGGUCCUCACAUCGAGAACCUGCAGCGCUGGCGGGACUUGGGAGCCGUCACCAGUGAUGACAACUGCGAGGUCCUGGAGCACACGGACAUCGUCUUCAUCUGCGUCAAGCCGCACAUGCUCUCGCCCUGUGCCGCCCAGCUCAAGUACAAGCACGUGCCGUCGGCCAAGGACGCCAGCAAGCUAAUUGUGUCCGUGCUGGCCGGGACCAAUCUCCAAACGCUGCAGGAGGAGUUCAGCUUCAUGGGCAGCGCCGAUGUGAAGAUAAUCCGCACCAUGCCCAACACCUCCAUGCAGGUGGGCGAGGGCUGCACCGUGUACACCGGCAACGCUCGCGUCUCCCACCACGACCUGGAGAAGAUUCAUCUGAUGCUCAACGCCCUGGGUCUGGCCCAGCAGGUACCAGAAACCAUGAUCGACGCCGUCACCGGUGUGGCGGGAUGCGGUCCGGCCUUUGUCUACACCAUCAUCGAGGCACUCGCCGAUGGCGGAGUCAAGCAGGGUGUGCCGCGCCAGAUGGCCAUUCAGUUUGCCGCCCAAACGCUGCUGGGAGCGGCUAAGACGGUUCUCCUCACCGGCAAGCAUCCGGCGGUGCUGCGGGACGAGGUCUGCUCGCCCGGCGGCUCCACCAUCGUGGGUGUCCACGAGCUGGAAAAGGGAAACCUUAGGGCUACUUUGAUUAACGCAGUGGAGAAGUCCUCGCAGCGCUCUGCGGAACUGGGAAAGAAGUAAGACUACGGCUACUCCGAAUCCACCAUUGCUCUCUAAACACUUGGUAUUGAUAUUACUAUUAUGACUAACAUAAAGCUUGAGUUUACUCGCGA